UUGUGCGAGCGCUGCCUAGUACAUAAUGCUGUACAUAGCAGCGGCAGCGCGCCCGCGAGCAGCCCGCCCGCGGCGGCCGGCUGUUAUGCGAACGAUUCCUUCGUUGGACUCAACUUGCUGUUAGAACCGACGCUCGACCUGCUCUGCCGACCUUCCGGGCUUUGGGAUCUGGGGAUUAUUUAUUACUGUUAUUAUACAGAGGCCUGGUAUUCGAGUCAGAAUAUUAUGACUAAACAAAUGAACAUCGCCGGGGCAACAUCUUUGUAUGGAUAA